CAUUACAUACUCUUUGCUUGCCAUUUGCCAAUUCAUUAAGUAGUACGAAGGCAUGAAGUAAAAAUUGAUUUUAUUUCCACUUACAAUAUAAUUGAAUGUAUUAAGUUUUCAGUUGUGAUUAUCCUUAUUUUAUAAAGUUAAAUUAAAAGAAAAAAUGGCUAACGUGGAAGAAGAAGUAUCUGCAAAUGACACGGGAGAAAAUAGGUUGGUUUCUAGUGAUAACAGAAACGAUGAAUCAAGUAGAUCUAACACUGAAGAUGUUGAUUUCAAUGCACAAGUUGAUGAACAACGGCGCCGCAUGCAGCCAACAAAACUGGAAUCAUUCUUUGCAAUCACUAAAUCACUUAUUUUAAGAGCUCUGGUUCUUUAUUUUAUUACAUCAAUGUUCCAUAAUACUUUUUCACCAAAAACUGAUGUCACGACUCCCACUGGUGCAGCUCGUGUGCCAGCAGUUAAUAUGUUUUCCAAUGGGACAGUAUUAGAUAUGUAUUGUUAUAUAUCUGAGAAAGAAAUUUUAAACAACAUUGAUGAGUUACAGUUUGUUUGGAAGCAAACUGGUCUUGUUUAUGGUGACUGGUAUGGUGGUCCAAAUGGAGAUGGCACAUAUACUUUUUCAAUAGAAAUAACACCUUCGAAAACACUUGUAAAUAAUGGCUCCAUUUACCUUCAUACUUACAUAGUACACUCAGGCAAAUCACCAAAUCCAAAGGAUAAAAACAAUUAUGCUGGUGCUCAUAUCACAUAUAACAAGAAAAUGUUGAACAAAUACAAAAAAUUGAAAUACCUAAAAACUCAUAACUUAUUAACUGGACAAACAGAAAAAUCAGAGGAAGAAAUAAAAAAAGCAGAGACAAUGAAGGAAGAGAUUGUAUCACAUUGGCAUCCUAACUUGACAAUUAAUCUUGUUACUGACCAGAGUAACUGGGUGAAGGGUAGUGUGCCACCUCCACUUGAUGAGUUCAUUUACUUUUUGCCUGAUGGUAAAAUGUACAAGCCUGCCGUAUUUUUAAAUGAUUAUUGGAAUAUGAUGCGUGAUUAUGUACCUAUAAAUAAAACAACAACCAAACUUCAAUUGCAACUGACUUACCAACCAUUGAGUCUUUUAAAGUGGCAAUUGUACACUGCUCAAGUAAUGAGAGAUAAACUAAGUGUGUUCUCUGCAUUAGGAGCUGAGGAACAGGAUGAAGAACAAGACACCGUAAAGGAAUUACUUUUGGAUACAUCACCAUAUUUGCUUGCAUUGACAGUAUCUGUAUCUGUACUUCACUCAAUAUUUGAAUUGCUUGCUUUCAAAAAUGAUAUUCAAUUUUGGAACAACAGACAAUCUCUGGAAGGACUAUCUGUUAGAUCGGUGUUCUUUAAUGUUUUCCAAUCGACGGUGGUUCUUCUCUAUGUCUUGGACAAUGAGACUAAUCUUAUGGUCAGAAUUUCAUGCUUCCUUGGCUUGAUGAUUGAAAUUUGGAAAAUUAAUAAAGUUAUGGAUGUUAAAUUGAAUAGAGAGAAACGAAUAUUUGGAAUACCUACGAUGACAUUUAAAGAUAAAGGUUCCUAUAUUGAAUCAAGUACUAAACAAUAUGACAUGCUAGCUUUUAGAUAUCUCAGCUGGGCUUGCUUCCCUCUGCUCAUUGGUUAUGGUGUAUAUUCACUUUUGUACCAAGAGCACAAGGGAUGGUACUCUUUUGUUCUUAACAUGAUGUAUGGAUAUCUGUUGACAUUUGGUUUUAUUAUGAUGACACCACAGCUGUUCAUCAACUACAAAUUGAAGUCUGUGGCACAUUUACCAUGGCGCAUGAUGACAUAUAAAUUCCUUAAUACAUUUAUUGAUGAUAUAUUUGCAUUUGUUAUUAAAAUGCCAACUAUGUACCGUUUGGGCUGCUUCAGAGAUGAUAUUGUGUUCUUCAUUUUCUUGUACCAACGUUGGAUCUACAAGGUUGAUCACAAGAGAGUUAAUGAAUUUGGCUUCUCUGGAGAAAUGGAACAGCAAAAGAAGCAAUCUGAAAAUGGCAAUUUGGCUAUUUCUGAAGGUGAAACUCAAGAACCUGGUGACAAGAAGAAUGAUUAAAUAGUGCUUGUCUAGUUUUUGAUAGUUAGUAAAAAUAAUAUAAAAUAUGUAACUAUAAAGUUACUAGAAGUAGUAUCAUUUGUCUUUUAAAUUAUAUUGUUGUAGCCGUGUGCAUUAGAUACAUGAAGUGUUCUGGCAACUCACCAGCUCAUAAUCUGUAUAAAAUGUUAAUAAAAUGUUGUGUAAUUUAAUUUUAAUUUAAUGCUGUUUUGAAUUUAUAAUAAUAUAUUUACUGGUAUCAAAAGUUUUACGAUUUUCUUUAGACAUUUAAGAAUAGUCCAAAUGGCAUAAAUUCAAUUUCUAUUUGUCCUACCAUAUUUGAAGAAUUGAGACAUGUUACUAAUUUAAACAAUACUAUCCAAAGACGUACUGCUUACAAAUAUUUUGGAAAGUAUUUGUUUAUUUAGCCCUUUAUAUGGUGGCGAGUAUUAUUAAUGCAGUUAAUAAUUUUAAGUAGUAAAAUGUUCUGAAUAGUAAAAUAUUAUUUUGUGAUUUACGCAUGUUUAGUUCACCUGCAAUUUUCAAAUCUGAAAUGAAAUUUUUUAAUUAUGUAAUUGCUAUUUAUUUGAAAUAGUUAUGAUUUGUAUUGUUUUUUUGUUGACCAAAGAGCUAAAAAGAGAACUUUUAAAGCAACUACAUUAUAUAUUAAUGUGCCGGCUUGUAGACAUUUUGUUUUUAAGCAUUUAUAAAUGUUAAUUUAUAUUUGUUCUUAAUAACUAGAUAAAAUUGUUUUAUUUAUAUUACCAAGUAUAUUAAAUUAAAUUGUGCGUUUUCAUACUAUUGUUAUGUAUUUUAAAUUUAUCAAUGUAUUUAUGUGUAUUUAAUAUUUGUGAUUUUGUCGUAUUUAUGUAUUUACAAGUUUAAUUGUUAUAUUGCACAAUGUAUGUCACGCGAGUACAUAUUUAACUAUAGUUUAAAAUACGGUGUUUAA